AUGGAAGCUGCAAGAAAGUUUGAUCUGUCCGACAUGGACAAAAUGGGCAUUCGCAAGUCUGUGAAACUCUUCAUAGUCUACGAGCUUCAGCCUACAGUUGCUCUAGACGUGUUGUUCGCCUCCAUCACGGCAGGCGUGAGCAAUGCAACCAAACAACUGCCGAUGAUGGCAGGGAAUAUUGAAGUUGACAGCUCUGGCAAAGCUUUCAUCGUCACAGCCCCAGGAAGCCAAGUCGAUGUCAACAUCCGCCGAUUCGAGCCCACGGAGCACAAGCCUCUGUCCGUCCUUGCCGCGAGUGGCUUUCAUCCCGAAGACAUGGAUCCCAGUCAGCUAUUACCCGAAGAGUCUACCGCCACGAGUUCGGUCUGCAGUUUGCAGCUAAGUCUCAUCGAGGGUGGCCUGAUCUUGGGCUUCAGAGUGAAUCACGCCGCUGGAGACUGGUCCUCAAUUGAUACAUUCCUUUCUCUUGUCUGUCAAGGUAGCAAGGCCCAUCAAGAAGGAUUGGAAAUGCCCACGCAUACUCCAGAUUUAAACAGAGCCCCUUACAAUGCCUCGGCAUCCGGGCCAACCCUUUCGAGAGCAGAGCUAUUGGAAAAGUUACCAAUGUUUCACAUCAUGGACAUGAGCCAGUUCAAACCAAAACCACCACCUACGUCCAAAUCAGGCAUUUACAGAAUCUCCGAACCAUCAAUUCAACGCCUCAAAGCUCAAUGUGCGCCAUUCCUGGGUUCAGGAGACUACAUAACCUCAUAUGGCUGCAUCUCCGCUCUCAUCUGGACAACAGUUACGCGCAUCCGACUUCACCUUCAUCCCGAGAAAGCGACAUCGCCAUCCCGCUUCAUUCACCCUAUCAACGUGCGCACUCGAGACCCAGAGAAGAAGACCUCGGACUUGUAUUUCGGCAAUGCCGUUCUUGCAAGCCAGGCGGGCCCUCGCGCAGCUCGUGACGUGGCAUUCGGCGGCGACCAAGGCAUUGCAAGGACAGCAGCUUUGAUCCGCGAAUCCGUAAACGCCAUCACUAUGGAUUCCAUCGGUCAUAUGACUUCGCUUCUAAAAUCACUUUCCCUAGGAGAGAUGUUAGGCUCUCAUGCGGACUUUGCUGAUAUGGAUAUGAUGAUGACUAGCUGGUACUCAGGUACCGCGGAGCAGUAUGAUGUUGGCGCUGGGGCCGUUCCGGUGGCGGUACGCCUGCCGUCUACCAUGGCCGGGGCUUCCAUAAUCUUGCCCAAUUUCUCGCGCAGAGGAACAAGAGUCUUUGAGGUUCUUGUCGAGUUGGCGGUCGAGGAGCAUGGUUUGUUGAGGCAGGAUGCGGAGUUUUUGAAGUAUUUCGAGAUUGUUGCGUGA